AUGUGCUGGACGCUUCUACAACACAAAUACUAUAAAGAUGGCUGCUUCGUCCGAGGAAGAACUUCUAUCCAGACUGCAUCGCACUCGCAUCGCACAGACACAAUCCACUUUCUAAAGAAGUUUCUCAUUAUGCAUUUCCGCAACAUCGUGAUUGCACUGGCUGCGACUGCAGUGGCAAGCCCGGUGGAUCUCCAGGAACGGCAAUUGUCUGGUGGGAACGAGUUGCGGGAUGGCCCUUGCAAGCCCAUUACCUUUAUCUUCGCCCGAGCUUCCACGGAGCCAGGCCUUCUGGGCGUUUCAACUGGCCCUGCGGUCUGCAACCUGUUGAAGUCAGCUAGACCAGAUGAUGUCGCCUGCCAGGGUGUCGGACCCAGAUACACUGCGGAUCUCCCAUCAAAUGCUCUGCCAGAGGGAACCUCUCAAGUUGCAAUUGCAGAGGCACAAGGACUGUUUGAGCAAGCUGUUUCCAAGUGCCCUGACACUCAGAUUGUUGCCGGUGGCUACAGCCAAGGAACAGCUGUCAUGAACGGUGCCAUUAGGCGCCUUUCCGCAGAUGUGCAGGACAAGGUCAAGGGCGUUGUUCUUUUCGGGUACACACGCAAUGCCCAAGAGGGGGGCCAGAUUGCAAACUUUCCCAAAGAUAAAGUCAAGGUCUAUUGCGCAGUGGGAGAUUUAGUCUGCCUUGGGACUUUGAUUGUGGCACCGCCACAUUUCACAUAUCUUUCUGACACUGGUGACGCUAGCGAAUUUCUCCUGUCCAAGCUGGGGAAUUAG